CUGAACGUGAUCAUGACGAUCGUGUGAAGGGAGAAACAGGCCAAGCAAUUUGAACCCUUUUACCUAGAAGUUGAAUGUGUGAGUGUGGUUACGAUAACUACAACACCAAAUUGAGCUAAUAUACUGUCAGUUAAGGCAUUUAACAACUAUGAGUUCAUCGGCAGGCUUCUCCCUCGACGAUAUCUUGAUGAAAUUGUCUUUAAAACAAGAGAAUGGAAAGGAGCCCAAAGUGGAAGAUCUCGUUGUGAAAUUGAGAAGACUACAGCAAGCUAAAAGAACUCUGGAAGAGGAACUGUGGGAGGUGCAAAAAAUCAAAGGAGUGUUAGAACAAGAAGAAGAGGCCUUGUGCUCAGAGGCCUUUCAGCUAGAUGUGCUCCUUAAAGAGAAGCAAGAGGCACACAGAGUACUGCAGUUCAAAUGUGAGGAACUGGACCAGGAGUCACAGAGGAAGCAGGAGCAGAACAAGCAGAAAGAAGAACUUGUGGAACAGUACCGAUACCGGAUACAAGAAGCCACACUCAAACACCGCAAAACAAGGAUGAAGUUUGAGAAUCAACUGCAGCAGUUAAUGGUUCAACACAAAAGUCUCUUCUCUAUGUUUACACCCCAGAGACUUCCAGCAGAGAUCAUCACUGCAGAGAAUGCUACAGCUCAGCUCCUUAAAGCUGAGAAACACAGGAUGGAGCAGUUGGCUCAACAGCAGGAGGAGCUGAGUGACAUCUAUAACGGAGCAGUGCCUAGAGACAAUGAGCUGCUUACCACAGCGGUGUGAGUGUCCAACACACGCCAGCACAGUGUGCCAUGCUUUUACUCACAUACUCUGAUGACAUCUCCAGUGAAUUCUAGAGAUGAGCUACCAUGAUUAUACACCCAGCAGGGUCCUUUGCCAUAGACAUUGUUCACUGUUCACUUAUGUACGUUGUAAUGUUGGUUAUGUUUGAUUAUUUAUUCUCAAAAGACUGCAAUACAACAGUCAUAAUGAAAUGA